UGCGCGCGAGUUCCGAUUUGAUAAGGGAGGUUUCCUGUUCUAACUUCUUCCCUAUUAACUACGAAUCACGCACGUCUUCCCUUCUGCAGGUAACCUGGCGGUAGCGAGUAUUAAGUGUGGGGAGGGAGCCUCGGAGAAGGAUGGUUUCAGUUUGAUAUCGGAGUUUGGCAUCUGUGAGGACUGAACUGCCAGACGCAUAAUGUAUCCGCAGGGAUUGGUUGUGCCGUGGAUGCCUGUUAGAGGCGGCGAGGCGUGCUCACCGUCAGUUGUCAGAGGACCGUUGACGUGGGAGGGUUGCGCUCGUCUCCUGUGUUUCCGGAGCUGCGCGGGGCAUUGGCCUAACUUUUAACCCGCUAAACCGCCCCUUUCGACUCAAUAUUCAGUGACAGUCGUUGGUGACUAGAGUGCAAUACGAUUGCUCGCCACUGGCAAUAAGUGGCAACGACAGUGUUGUAAUCGUGUAAUAAAGAACAAGAUAAAUAUAUCUUAAGCUUGAUUUAGAUGGAUAAAAUUUGGGCAAACUCGUAGUGCUAUCUUGGUUGAUCCAUGUACUGCGUGGACUGAGGCCAAGGAGCUGCUGCCUCGACUGCCCCUUCGAGCACCACGGGGCGGUUCAACACAGUAACACCGGCGGCGCUGAUCCUACCUAGUAGCAAGACGGCGGCACAUCACACAACGGCAGCCUCACGUCACGUCACUACCAAGGUGUCGGGGUGAGGAUGCCCGCAUGGAGAAGUGUGUUAGGACUAUCUACUUCACCGUUGGAGGAAAACAGGACUCAGCCAGCCUCCAUCCUGACGCUCGCCCAGAAGAUGUUCGAGAGUUGUUCCGGAGCGCGUGCGGGGCGGCGCCAGGUGAUGUCAUCAAGCUGUACACCAGUGACGGACAUAUACUGAACGCUGGGACUCCCCUCCCUGCCAACACCCCUGCCAACCCCUACCGCCUGCACGUCGCCGCCACCCCCUGUAACGGAGAGAAGCUGAACCGGCUGGGGAUUGACCUUAUGGACCUGGAGCAGAGACUGUGCGAGGUAGAGAGAAGCGUGGCCGCCCUCCGAGCAGACUUACCUCCUGCUGUCGAGGAAUUGAGGUGUGCGGUUGAGACCUUCAGGAUGAGGUUGGAAACUACUGAGCAUCUGUCCUGGCUGGGAUUCUACAAGAAGGGGAUUGGAGAGCCACUCGGGAAUCUUGGGAGUCCUCACCCUUACUGGAAGAAUGUGGAGUACCGAAGGAAGGCUGAGGACGAGGUGGCAACAGUGUGCAGUAAAUUCAAAGAAAUAUGCGAUGGUGUGGUAGGCAAGGACACUCAAGAACUCCUAAGAUUACCCUCAUUCAACAAUUGGGCAUGGGAGGACUGGGAAAUUCUCCUGCUCCUGCAGCAUAUGUAUAAUGAUCUUGGACUCCUAUCAAAGUUCGGGAUUGAGACUGAUGUGUUCCGGAGGUUCUUGUGCAGGGUAUAUCACUGCUAUAACCAAGUGCCCUUCCACAACUUCAUGCACGCUUUUUGUGUGACGCAAAUGAUGUACGGGAUGAUUUGCAAGUGUGACCUUCAGAGACGACUGGGCGACCUUGAUGCCCUCAUUUUGCUUACCUCCUGCAUUUGUCAUGACCUUGAUCAUCCGGGCUUCAACAAUAUUUACCAGAUCAAUGCCAGGACUGAGCUUGCCCUGCGCUAUAAUGAUAUCUCACCCCUGGAGAACCAUCAUUGCUCUGUGGCCUUCAGCGUCCUGGAACGGAACGAGUGCAAUAUAUUUAAGAAUCUAACAGCAGACGACUACAAGAAGGUGCGGGAAGGCAUAAUCCGCUGCAUUCUGGCCACAGAUAUGGCACGGCACAAUGAAAUCCUCUCAGACUUUAGGGACAUUAUACCAGAAUUUGCUUUUGAUAACAGAGCACAUGUUAAUGUGCUGUCCAUGGUGCUGAUCAAAGUGGCUGACAUCAGCAACGAGGCACGCCCACUGGACAUUGCUGAGCCGUGGCUGGAUUGUCUCAUGCAGGAAUUCUUCAAUCAAAGUGAUCUGGAGAAGCUUGAGGGGCUACCAGUCUCUCCAUUCAUGGACCGGGAGAAGGUCACUAAGCCUUCCUCACAGUGCUCCUUCAUUGGCUUUGUCCUGCUGCCUCUCUUUGAAGCUCUAGGAAAGGUCCUCCCAGAGUUAGAUGAACUGAUUAUCCAGCCAGUGAGGUUUGCAUUGGACCACUAUAGAAAGUUAAAUGAAGCAGCAAAGAAGGCUUCAGAAGAGCAAGAAAACAUCCUGGAACCAGCAAUUGAAGAGGAGGAAUUGGAGGUAGAGAAACCCAAUACUAAUAGUCACCUCACUCACCUGUCUAGGGAAAACUCUAAGAGGGUUGUGCAGAAAACAGAAAGUUCCUUCAGCAUUGGGAGCAGGGCAUCAUCACGGAUGUCCAUGUACCGCUCCAGCACUUGUGAUUAUGGGGAUGGGACAGAAAUGGAUACAGAGACAGAAGUGGAUGUAAGUGAAAGAACAUCAAGAUUUAAAAUUGCCACAGACAUUCACAUCUCUCCAUCCCGGAGGAACAGUUCAGAGAGACGCAGCAGUGUUGGCGGGCGCUCCAGCUGUGAGCGAACUGUGUCACCGAGAGCCCUUGAAGAUCGGCUCCUCCCACAUGCUGAGGCCAAGAAUGAACCAGAAGAUGAGGUGCAUCCUAAGAAAAGUGAAAAGGAAUCUUUAUUUGCUCGGUUUAGAAUUUUCUCAGAACGUCUCUCAUCCAGUGAGAAGGAGAGGACCUCCAAUGGGUCAACCUUGGUGGGCAGUCGAAGCACGAGGUGUAAACAGAGUGGCUUGCAGAGUGUUCUGAAACGUAGUAGGAGUAAAUCAGAGCCCACAAAGAGUAGACAUCACCGAACAUUUCAUAUAUCACGGCCAAGAAUUAGCUUUGGUACAAAUCCCCCAAAAUCACAGUGUGAUGAAAAUAUGUUUAAUAGCCAUGAAAAAGAGAAAGCACGAGAGAAAUGCAAGGAGUCUUCUUCUGAGGGUCUUAUCUCUUCGUUAGAAAUAAAAACUUCUACCUCCUUUGAACUUAUUGACCAAAAAAAGCCUUGUGUGUCAUCUAGUGCUCAACCUUCACCAACACUCUCAGAAAAGUGUGUAUUAGUUACAAACUCUAUCCUGAAGCACAAAGGUUUUAGUUUAUCUCUUGAUGUUUUGCCAAGAAAGAAUGGUCGACUGAGGAGAUCAGCAGCAACUGAAACCCACACUGCAGAAAAUACUCCUGGUGGUUCUGAGGACAACCUUUUAGAAGAGAACAAGAAACAUGAGGUGGAUGGAGCUGUGAGACUUUUCCGACAUCACCCAAUGCUUAGCCAUACUAAAGGAGUUCAGUCAACUGAUGGACUAAAAGGAUUAAAAAAAAAGCCAGAGUCCACUAGGGCUUUGCUUUUCAAGUCCUUAUCCUUCAGAAAGAAAUCUCCCACUAAAGAUGAUGAUAUGAGGCCAGGUGAUUCCGGUGGUCCCAGUGAAGAAAGAUUAUGACAGGCAGGAACCUGUUUCUGUUUUUAAAGAUUAUUUAAUGGUUAGAUGGAACCACUGGGAAGUUGAGGGAUGCAGCAGGUUAUAGUGUAUGAAGGCAGAGAGUCUUCCACAGUGGAUCAUUCUUCACUCUAAUUGCAAUGUUUUUUUGAGAUGCAUAGAAAGUUUAGUUAAACCCUUGGGAACAUUCCUACAUCAAAAGAUAUACAGUCAACAAAUUGCACUAUGAAUUGACAUGUGCCGUAUUUGUUGCAAGAAUAAUCUACUGACCAUCAAGAAAAUUUUAGAUGUUUAGGAUGACAAGUGGGAAGUAAGUUCCAUGAUGGAUGGGCACUCUUGUAGCUUCAGAUACUUUCUGCUGCCUCUGCCAUGACAACCUCACCAACCCUCACCAUGUUUUGCCACUCCCUGGCGGGAUUUCCCGACCAGAUAGAGAGUAGUUGAGAAAGAGUACCUUAAUUACUGAGGGUUGUAAUAUUCAUAUGCCUAGAUAAUAUAUAAACAUAAAAAAAGGUGUAUUUUCAUAGUAUGUAUUUUACAAAAAAAGUUAAAAAAUUAUUACAAGGGAUGAAUGACCAUGCUAUAAAAUGCAUAUUCUGCUAUGUUUAUCUUGUCACUCCAACUAUAAAUAAGUAAAUAUCUAGAUUAGGAUAAAAUAUUUAUUUACAUAGAAAGAUUUAGAGCUAUAAAUUUAGCUUCCUUAUGCUCAAACCAAAUUUUUUGUGCCAAUUAUAUGGGGAAUUUCUUAAGUUUUAUCUGCAGUGUUUUUAAUAAUUUUAUAUGUAAUGAAAGGCAUUC